GAAGUAAAAUAAGCGAUAAUAAUCACUAAUCAGUCUCAUAAAUAUUAUAAAGAAAUAAUAAUAAUAAUAAUAAGAUAUGUUGACCAAAAGAGGGAAUAAUCUCGUUAUCAUCCUCCGAUCUUAAUCUGGAAACACCAAGCAUUUGCUAGUGAUGAGGAGAAGUGCCAUUUUUUUCGCAAUAUUUCUGGUGCUUCACUUCGAUCAUGUUCGGUCCAGCAGUAGUACGUCGGAAUAUCGGCUUGCUUCUUCAUCGGAGCAGCCUUAUCGAACGGCGUUUCACUUCCAGCCUCCCCAAAACUGGAUGAACGAUCCUAAUGGACCAAUGUACUACAAUGGAGUAUACCACAUGUUCUAUCAACAGAAUCCAUUUGGUCCUCUCUUUUCGAAUCAAAUGUAUUGGGGACAUUCCAUAUCACAUGACCUAAUAAACUGGAUCCCUCUAGACCUCGCCAUUUCCCCAACCGAACCUUUCGACAUCAACAGUUGCUGGUCCGGUUCAGCCACAAUCCUCCCCGGAAACAUUCCUGCUAUGUUAUACACCGGAAUCGACUCUGAAAACCGCCAAGUCCAGAACUUAGCCUUCCCAAAAAACCUAUCUGAUCCGUAUCUUCAAGAAUGGGUCAAAUACACCGGCAAUCCAGUCAUAAACCUUCCGGAAGGGAUUCAACACGAUGACUUCAGAGACCCCACCACCGCUUGGCUUGCAGACGACGGAAAAUGGAGAAUACUUGUCGGAAGUCAGAAAGAUAAGACCGGAAUCGCGUUUCUUUACCAAUCUGAGGAUUUUGUUAAUUGGAGUAAAUACGAUUCCCCGCUUCUUACAGUUCCAGGAACCGGAAUAUGGGAAUGCCCUGAUUUCUUUCCGGUGUGGGUUGAUAGCACGAAGGGGGUCGAUACAUCUGUUAUGAAUUCGAGAGUAAAGCAUGUGUUGAAAGUGGGAUUAUUUGAUUAUGCAACAGACUACUACAUGAUCGGGAAUUACAGUCCUGCGAAAGAAAACUAUGUUCCUCAAAAUGAAUUAACGCUUAAUACUUUGAGGUAUGAUUAUGGAAAGUAUUAUGCUUCAAAGUCGUUCUUUGACCCUGUGAAGGAUCGAAGAAUCUUGAUGGCGUGGGUGAACGAGUCUGAUUCUGAAGCAGAUGACAUCGCAAAAGGAUGGUCCGGACUUCAUUCAUUUCCAAGGAGUGCUUGGCUGGAUCAAAACCAGAAGCAGCUAGUACAAUGGCCUAUCGAUGAAAUCGAAAUGUUGCAUGAAGAUGAAGUUAGUUAUCAAAAUACGAAGGUUGUGCUUGAAGGUGGUUCUUUACAUAAAGUUCUGGGCAUAACUGCUUCUCAGGCUGAUGUGAAGAUUACGUUCGAAUCGACUAAUUUGGAAGAGACUGAAGAAAUGGAUCCGAGUUGGGUUGACCCGCAGCUUAUCUGCAGCGAACAGGAUGCAUCAAAGAAAGGCAAAAUUGGGCCGUUUGGGCUGUUAGCUUUGGCUUCUAACGACUUGUCCGAACUAACUGCAAUUUUUUUUAGGGUUUUUCAAAAGAAGGGACGAUAUGUUGUGUUAAUGUGUAGUGAUCAAAGCCGGUCUUCUACGAGGAAUGGAAUCGACAAAACAAGUUAUGGAGCAUUUGUGGACAUAGAUCCUCAACAAGAUGAAAUUUCACUCAGAACCUUGAUAGAUCACUCGAUUGUUGAGAGCUUUGGAGGAGGGGGAAAGACUUGCAUUACGGCUAGGGUUUACCCGACAUUGGCCAUUGGAGAAGAAGCGCACUUGUUUGCCUUCAACAAUGGAACUGAAACUGUGGUGAUUUCUGAGCUGAAUGCAUGGAGUGUGAGAAAAGCUCGAAUUAAUGUCGAAGAAACCAUAAGCUAUGCGGAAAAAUGAUGUGGAGAGAGAGAGAGAGCGAGCGCUUAAGCUGUAUUCUUGGUAAGGAGAGAUGGAAUAACUUAUUACAUUGGAAGCAAAGAUAGCCAGAUUAGAUGAUUUGAGUACUUAAAACAUGUAUGAAAGCUCAUUUUUUGUGGUCUUAACUUUCGCGUUAGUAAAAAUUAUUCAGGGAUAUUUAUGAAAAAAAAAAUCGAUGUUUUUGUAAGAUUAUAUAAAAUUAUAAAAAGUUUGUAAUUAAAACAAA